AUGACUCCCACUCUUCCUGUGUGUGCAGAAUAAUGAGUCAGUGCACAAAUGAAGGACUCCCUGUAAAAGAUAAAAAUAAAACUACAUUGAAGUUUGAAUAUACAACAUUUAUGAUACAUUAACCUAUUAGAACAAUAUUUUAUCUUGAAUUGAAUACAUUUGAAUUAAAGUAAUAAAAUUGACUUUUCUUUUUAGAUGACACCUUAUGAGCAGAAGUAUUUGAACACAUACUUUCGGACUCCUAGACUGGUGUAAUUCUGAACAAAACCCUAUUAAGAACUAGAUAUCACUUUACACAUUCUCCACCCCGCUGUGGCCCACAGUUUCCAAAUAUUGGACAAGAACCUCCAGAGAUGAAUAUCUACUGUGAUAGCAUCUUCCACCCACAGACAAUGCCUAGUCCUCAGCGACCUUCAAACUUUGAGACUGGAGAUUACAGCACAACUACAAAUCCUUACUUAUGGCUGAAUGGACCAUCCAUCACACCACCUCCAUACCUUCCAGGAUCUAACACCAGCCACUUCAUGCCUCAAUCUUAUGGGAUGCAAAGGCAGCUCUUGCCUAACAUGCAUGGCUUAGGAGGUUCUGAACUAGGUUGGCUUCCAAUUCCUUCCCAGGAAGAACUCAUGAAGUUGGUGAGACCUCCUUACUCUUAUUCUGCACUGAUAGCCAUGGCCAUCCAUGGUGCCCCUGACAGAAGACUCACACUGAGCCAGAUCUACCAAUAUGUUGCUGACAACUUUCCAUUUUACAACAAAAGCAAGGCUGGGUGGCAAAAUUCCAUCCGACACAACUUGUCUCUUAAUGAUUGUUUCAAGAAGGUUCCCAGAGAUGAAGACGAUCCAGGUAAAGGAAAUUACUGGACCCUAGAUCCAAACUGUGAAAAGAUGUUUGAUAAUGGAAACUUCCGCAGAAAGAGAAAGAGAAAGUCUGACACCGCUGGACAGCUAUCUUCUGAGAAAUCUGAGGGCAGUCCGCUGUCUAACAGCCCAAAGAAUGGUGAACAUCAAGACAUGUUGGAGAGCUCCUCACCAGAAGCCGAUGAUUCAUCUCAGAAAAGAUUAUCUCCGCCCGCUAUAACACCAUGCCUUAACAACUUUCUCUCUAGCAUGACUGCUUAUGUCAAUACUACCAACUCAGUAAGCAGGCCACUUGGACUCAAUGAAACCUCUGACAAAAUGGGACAGAACAUGACUGGUUUUAACUCCUAUUCUCCGCUUUCCAACUUAGCCAACCACGGAGGGACAGAGUGGUCCAGUACAGUGCCAUCAAAUCCCUUUGGCUAUGGCAGUUCAGUUUUAAAUCAGUUCAAUUCCCAUUUCUAUAAUAUCAGUGCAAAUAGCACCCUAUACUCCAGAGAAGGCACAGAAGUAUAAGGAGCUGUCCACAAUAUACUUUGUUGUACUGUAGUUAAAGAAAAAUGUGCACCAGCUAAACAGAACCACUGUAUCGUGUAGAAAUUGUGUUACAGCCAAAAGCAUUUUAUGUAUAAAAUGACAAGUUACCUUCCUCUGCACCCCCAUAUUGCCCGCUGCAUUACUUUGCUUUAUAAUUUAAAAGUUAGAGGUCUUAAUCCUAUAAAACUUUUUCUUUAUAGGAAAAUGUUGUAUUAUUAUUACUACACACUGCCUUUUUAUUGCUUAAUAUUUGCAUAGUGCAUUAUGUUUAGAAAUGUUGUAAUUUCAUAAAAAAUGCACCCGUCAAUUCAUAUUAUCAAGCAUGCACAAUGCUACUGCCAGACUGUACUUUACCGGAGUAUAUGAUAGCAUAGACAGCAAUGUUUUGUAUAAAUGUUUACUACUGGGAUUUCUAUUGUUGGAUGGGACUAAUGAAUUCCAUGACUUUUUACAGGUGUAAAAUAUGUUUUAGAGUUAAAACUGACUUUGUGGGAAAACAUGGGUUAUUUUGUAAUAAAAAUAAUA